AUGCUCCUCUACCUGCUCCUCCAGGCCUACGAGGAGCUGGAGGGUCUCCUCGGCACCAACAACAUUUGUAUCGCUGUCAAGGAGAAGUUGGUCAAGGACUCCGGGGUGGCUGAGGAGGUCGCUUAUGAUCUGAUCGUCCAGCGUCUUCUGCAGAAACAGCGAGCGAGAGGUGUGAUAAUCUUCGGGUCAGACCAGGAGGUGGCCGGGGUAAUGAGGGCCGUCAGGAGGAACAACGCCACAGGUAAUUUCACCUGGAUUGGCUCUGACGGCUGGUCGGCCCGUUCACUCGUCUCCUCAGGUAAUGAACCGGAGGUGGAGGGGACACUGUCGGUACAGCCCCAGGCCAACCCGGUAAGGGGGUUCGAUGACUACUUCCUGUCACUGACGGUCGACAGUAACACAAGAAAUCCCUGGUUUGUCGAGUACUGGGAGGACCACUUCAGGUGCCGGUACCCCAACAGCUCCAGGACCCCCUACAAUGGGGGGUACUCCACGCUGUGUACUGGCAAGGAGGAACUCACCAGUGCUGACACCCAGUUCGAAGCUCAGCUCCAGUUCGUGUCUGAUGCUGUCAUGGCUUUUGGCUACGCUUUCAGAGACAUGCACCUGGACCUGUGUAAGGGCAAGCCAGGCCUAUGCCCGGAGAUGAGGCCUAUACAGGGCGAACAGCUGUUAGCCUACCUCAGGAAGGUUGUCUUUAUUGGCUUGAGCGGGGACCGGUUCAAGUUCGACCGACAGGGGGACGGGCCGGCCAGGUACAACAUCAUCCACUUCAAGCAGACCUCAGCUGGUCGCUAUGACUGGGUGACGGUUGGGCAGUAUGUGGAGGGGUUCCUCAAGCUUAAUAUGAGUGCUCUACAGUUCAAGUGGGACUCGUCUGUUCCACCGUCAAGUGUGUGUUCACUCCCCUGUCACACUGGCCAGGCCAAGAAGUAUGUGGAAGGGGAGUCUUGCUGCUGGCACUGUUUCAACUGUUCCACCUACCAGAUAGUGAGUCCCGUUGACCCGACACAGUGCGUGACCUGUGACUGGGGGACGCUGCCCUCUGUUGAUCACCUCUACUGCAAACCCAUCCCUGAGGUGUACAUCAGACCUGACUCCUGGUGGGCGAUCGGGGCGAUGCUCUUCUCCUCUGUGGGCGUGGUGAUGACGGGCGUGGUGGUGUGGGUGUUCGUCUGUCACAACGACACGCCCGUCGUCAGGGCCUCGGGGCGGGAGCUGUCGUACGUCCUCCUGUCCGGAGUCUUCCUCUGUUAUGCUGUCACUUUUGUCUUCGUACUCAAGCCUUCAGCUGUGGUCUGCGGUGUUCAGAGGUUCGGCCUGGGCUUCUGCUUCGCCGUGGUGUACAGCGCCCUCCUCACCAAGACCAACCGGAUAUCCAGGAUUUUCAACGCAGGGAAACGCACAGCCAAAAGACCUUCCUUCAUAUCGCCUCGCUCUCAGCUGUGUAUCUGUCUGUGUACUGUGUCUGUGCAGGUGGUGGUGACGGGCGUGUGGUGGGUGGUGAGUCCGCCCAGAGCGGUUCAUCACUACCUCCUGAGGGAGGACAAUUUCCUCGUCUGUGCCGCCUCCAUCAAUGCUUCCUACAUGAUCGCCUUCGCGUAUCCUAUUGGACUGAUCGUAGUGUGUACCAUCUACGCCGUCCUGACCCGCAAGAUCCCGGAGGCCUUCAACGAGAGCAAGUACAUCGGCUUCACCAUGUACACGACGUGUAUCAUCUGGCUGGCCUUCGUCCCCAUAUACUUCUCCACCGCCAACAACGUCGAGCUGCGAAUCACCACUACCUCCGUAACCAUCUCGCUGUCAGCGACGGUGGCGCUAGUCUGUCUCUUCACGCCGAAGUUGUACAUCAUCCUCCUCCAUCCAGAGAGGAACGUCCGACAGUCCAUGAUGCCCGCGGCUAAGUGUUCCGCUCUAAGGAAUAAUCUCUCGUCGUCGUCCCAGCGGGUCGACUCCGGCACCCAGAGUGAGGUCAUCUUCCCCGUGGACUACGAGCUUCACGAGAAACUGCGACACAUGGGAUGCGUUAGUCACCCUCGAUCAUCGAGUGCCACUCAGACCUGUCCCUCCACCUGCCUGCCUGAUCACCGGUGUGGUGCCACACUCACACUGGCACCUUCAGCUGGCACCCCUGCCUCUAAUGGCCCUCUGCAGGAUGUUCCUGAUGUCCAGCUGUAAAUAGGAGCAGGAUAAAAAAGUUUCUGUUUUAGGUCGUCCGCUUGGAGUCCUAGUGGGUCGAGUGGGGCGUCUGGUUGAUGAUGUUUUUUUUACCAUGUCGUGGACGGGUUGGUUAGGGGGUGUGUGUGUGUGGGGAUAAGAAGUGCAUGGGUUCGAACCCUAAAUAGGGCUCUUAUGGGUUUUUUAUCAUCUUACUCCCAGCUUGGAAUAUUUUUUUUUCAAGUUUGGAAUUUUUUUUUAGAUUUUCGGCUCGGAAUGAUAUUGCUGAAUACACACACACACACACA